AUGGCGGAAGAGGAGAGCCAGUUUGAAGAAUUUGAGCAAAUAGACUUUUUAAGAGAUCGACAUGUACGAUUCUUCCAGAGAACACUUCAGGUGUUACCCGAGAGAUAUGCCUCGCUGGAAACUACCAGGUUAACUAUCAUAUUUUUUGCCCUGUCCGGUCUCGAUGUGCUGGAUGCCCUCGAUGUCAUUGACAGGAACGUCAUGAUUGAAUGGAUCUACUCACUACAGGUUUUGCCCACAGAGGACCAAUCCAACCUAAGUCGCUGUGGGUUUCGAGGAUCGUCACAUAUUGGAAUUCCUUACAGCACUAAGGGUCCAGGUGUGCUCCAUCCAUAUGACAGUGGCCAUGUGGCUAUGACCUACACUGGGCUUUGCUCACUGCUAAUACUGGGAGAUGACCUGAGCCGGGUCAACAAACAGGCCUGCCUGGCUGGUCUCAGAGCACUGCAGCUGGAGGACGGCAGUUUCUAUGCCGUGCCAGAAGGAAGUGAAAAUGACAUACGCUUUAUCUACUGCGCAGCCAGUAUCUGUUACAUGCUGGAUGACUGGUCAGGCAUGGACAUCCAGAAGGCCAUUGAGUACAUCAGAGGAAGUUUGUCAUACGACAGUGGGUUUGGCCAGGGAGCUGGGCGAGAGUCACACGGUGGGUGGACGUACUGCGCCAUAGCCUCUCUGUGUCUGAUGGGUCGAUUGGAGGAGGCGCUGAGUCAGCGGGAGCUGGACAGAAUCCGUCGCUGGUGUAUCAUGAGGCAGCAGUGCGGCUUCCACGGGCGCCCCAACAAGCCUGUAGACACGUGCUACUCCUUUUGGGUGGGAGCUACACUAGAGCUGUUAGAUGUGUUCCAGUAUACGAACUUUGACAAGAACAGGAGCUUCAUCCUGUCCACGCAGGAUCGGUUGGUGGGUGGAUUCGCCAAAUGGCCGGACAGCCAUCCAGACCCUCUCCAUGCCUACUUAGGGCUGUGCGGUCUGUCUCUGAUCGGAGAGCCUAGUCUGAGGAAGGUCCACCCAGCUCUUAACAUCACCCAGAGAGCCUUUCAGCACCUCCAGCAGCUGCAGCAGACAUGGAGGGACAGCACUGGCAGCUGUACCAGACAGCACUGACAGCGGGAUGAUCCACAGGUUUGCGUCUGAACAGGUUCAUUCAGGAACAUCUAACAGUAGUCAGUCAAAGGCAACUGGACUUUUGCUGACUGUCUUGAAGGUGUUUGGCCACUCAUCUUAGGAGCCUUCUUAUUUCAGGAAUCAAGAAGGUUUUUUAAGACUUCAGUUACACGGUAGUAACUUUGGGAAGCUCAUUUUAAAUUGAUCUAAACCAACGUUUCUGUUAAGCACUUUGCACCACACUUUUUUUGCUGCCUUUUUAUUAGUAGACAGUAGUAAGUAACAAUGUGCAUUGUGGUUUGUGGGAAUAAAAUUAUGUGCCAGAAAGUCAAAUUUGAGUCACUGGAGACUUGAAGAAAUUCCAGAUGCCUCAAUUUUGGGUACAUUUUAGAUAAUGACAUUUUGGAAGCUUUCUGCUCCUUAGCCUCAUCAUCAUAGUCAGCAGCGCAAUCUGCUUUAAACCUUCUGCCAAGGAUGAACACUACUGACUAACUUCACAUGGACAUAAGAAACAUGCUCUAAGUAAACAUUGUUCACAGUCUAAGGAGCGAUGCCGAGUAGGGCUUAGGGAACAUCUAUAUUAUCUUUUUAAAUGGUUGUGGAGUAACUUCAGUAGUUCGAGGUGUUUCAGCCGGCUGGUCUGAUUUAAUGUGAAUCGACUAGCUAUGCUUUUGCUGAAUAAUGUCCCCAUAUUCUAUAACACAAAAAAAUAAGAUUAGUUUUCGUUUUUGUUGACAAACUAGUAUGAGUCCAGUGGUAGUUUUGGGGGAAAAUGUGGAAACUGUUGAGACGAAUAUUCGUGUUUCCUUUAGAUUAACAUUCCUACAUUCUCAGACAAAAUAAAAAACAAUUCAAGGCACUGUCCUCCAGACAGUAUAUAUAGUGUUUUUAUGCUUCUCUCUCUUCAUAACAUCUCCAUCCUUAUAUUGCUCUUGGACCUCUUGAAAUCCUGGAGCUCUCCACUCCCAAAGGUGAUACCAGCCUGGUAGGUUUAGUCUCUUGAGUUUCUCACUUCAGCAUCCACUAGUUAUACCACUGCAGGCUUUGUUCAGUUAUCAAGAGAGAUUUAAAUGCAACUGCUGGGGUGAAAUUCACUGGAAAAGCAACAAAGAGCCAACAACCCCCUCUGAGGUCAAAUAUAAGACUGUUGGGGGGGAAAAAAAAAACCCUGUAAAAAGAAGAUUAAAAAGUAAAUUUAGCUACAGCCCUUAUCAUUCCAGAUCACAGAAAAUGUAAUUUAUUGUUCAAAAUUUUCCUCACGGUAAAAGAAAAAUAGAUCGGGCCUUAAGGAAGUUUGUUAAGAAAGGGAAAAUCGCUUCUUUCCUGCAAGGUAGUAGCUGUCAAUUCUAGCAGCAGAUCCCAUCCCGACAUCCCCUGACUCUUGAACCUUGAACUGAUCUGAUCCGCCUUCCUUCACCAGCUUCCAUACUCCCUUCAAGGCACUAGCUGGCCUGAAAUCAAUAGGAGAAAGAUGAGACAGUGGUAUUAUAACUUGGGGAUAUGUAUUCUUUUGAAUAGCACUGGGAAUUGACAUGUUAUUUUCAGAACAGAAGGGAUGCAGGCAAAAACAAAGAACAAUGUGCAUUAGCAGAACGUGCCAGAGAGAGUCAGGUUACAGAUACAGCUGUUAUCUAACAUGCUCUUCACAUUCCUUUUUGUCCUGUAAUGUUGACCUCCAACAAGACUUGAAGUAGGUUUGUGAUACUACCAUCUACCCCUUGACUCUCCAUCUCUUACCCAUUGUCUGCACAGACGUUUACAGGCAUUGAAAGCCGCUUGCAGCUCAUACCAGUGACCAUCAGGCCUUCUUGCCCUUGCACUGAGCUACAAAUUGGAAAUUUAGAGUUUUAAAUCCUAAUGCGAUCCUAACAUGGUGACACAUAGGCACUGAUAUCCUGAGCAGAGCCCAACCAGUUCCUCUUGCCUUCUCAUCACAUUUCGAUUCCCAGCAAGCAACAUUACCAGCUUCACAGAUACCUCAAGCCCCCCUGGUGAAGCCACACCCUUUCAUUAUAAGACUGCUGCCACAGCAAACACCUGCUCCCUGACAUAAAGAGCGAGGAGGAAACAAUAUCACAGAAGGUCAGAAAUACAGUGGCCUGUCUGCAUCAUGUUACCUGCGGGAGUUUACUAUGUGUAGCCCCAUUUCUGACUAGAUAUGAAAAUAAUAUCGCCUGCUUUUCUUUGUAACGUGUAAAAUGAAGCCGUACCUGGACUCGUCUCCUUUCCCGCCAAGUUGCCCUCUUUUUCAGACUUAGAAACCAGACCAGGCAGACAGAGGAAAUGAGAGAAGAGAGGAGGAGAAGUGAAUAAAUAAAUAAUUUGACCCAUCUAUUAUUAAAAGUAAACUGUCAGAGGCUGGAAUCUCUGCUCUGGACCCCGACCAAACCUCCAGUGUUAAAUAGCCUUGUCUCUUUUUAGCCAACUGCGUCUUAUAUUGCUGAAUUAUUUUAUGCUACUCUUUUGCCUGAGAGGCUUUGAUUGAGUUACUCUUUCUGAUCUAGCCCACUUCUAUCCUGCUAUUUUUUUUUUUUU